AUGAGAAAUGAAUAUUUACAACAGAUUCGAUCAGAUUGGAAAGAUAAAGGGAGGUUAUUCUUCACCAAGAAAACAAUUAUUAUAAAAGCUUUAGGUAGCAAUGAAAGUGAUGAACAAGCUGAAAAUGUAUCACAAUUUUCAAAAGAGUUGACUGGAGAAGGAGGGAUUUUAUUCACUGAUGAGCCAGUGGAUGCUGUUAUUUCAUAUUUCUCAAAGACACAAUUUGAAGAUUAUGCAAGAACCGGUGCAUACAUUGAUAAAGAUAUAACUAUUCCGGCUGGAAACUUGAAAUAUCAUAACACUGAUAAUUACGUGGUAACUUUUCAUGAAAAAAUGCUAAAAAAAUUGGGAAUGCCUGUACGAAUGGAUCAAGGUUACCUGGUAUUAGAUCAGGAUUAUACUAUUUGUAAAUAUGGUGAUCGUCUUACAGCUGACCAAGCUCAUAUGCUGAAAAUAUUAUUGUUCAAGCUUUCUGUAUUUAAGUUAAUACCUACUCAUUAUUAUGACAAAAUAAUGAAUAAAGUGAUUGGUAAGGUUUCGAACGAUUUAGAGGAAUUAGUCGAAUGA